AUGCUUUUCAACGCAAAAACUUUUAAGUUGGACGUUGCCUUUGUGGACGUUGAGUCCAAGGUGGAGGGGGCAGUUGACCAAAGGGGUCCCUCCAGGGAGUAUUACAGGCUCCUCACGAGGGACAUCAGGGACUCGGCCAUCUUCGAGGGUCCGGAAGGAGUGAAACGGCUGUCCUUUGAAAGCCUUCCUUUGUUUUUACCUGUAUUAACGUCUGACUUUCAUGUCAAAUACAACAUCUAAGACAAAACAAUUAGUGAAAAGGCUUUUUCAGGUGCUUUGUCCAGGGCGAUAUAUCAUAGGGAUAAUGAAGCUGGCACACAUUUGAAAUUGUCUUUUUAGCAUCACAUGAGGGCCUGUAUGGAACCAUUGGGAAAAUAGUCAGUGUGUGUGUGGUCCAUUGAAGGGUUGGGCCACACUUCUUCUCUGAGCGACUCUUUGCAGCAGUGUGUGGGAAGCCUGCUCCUCCACUCAGACUGGAGGAGGUGGGCCACACUACUCUGAGAGCACGUUUGGAAAAUGUACGUUUUAGUGGACACCCUCGAUGGUCAGGACACCCUGACCAUCGAAUUCCUCCACACAGCGCGAGGGAGUCUCGCUGGGCAGCAGAAGAAAAAGUACCCAGAGGCAAACGCAUUUACUGUGACACUAAGGCUCCCUCUUCAUAGCACCUACAAUGCCUUUAGGGUAUUGUGAAUUCCCUGCAUUUCAGUGUUGCAGAAACACACCUUAGUGGAGAGUGACAGAUAAUAGGUAGAACAUUGGAGGGUGAAGUCUGUGGGACUUGUUCUGCCUUCCCUCUCCCACCGUUUCAUAUAUGUACCAGCUAUGUGCUGAAGACUUGUACAUUUCCGACCCUGUUCUUUUGAAUGUCUUAAUGUACCUCUUUUCUGCUCACUUGUCAGACUAAUGGAGACAAGUGAGCAGAUAUAUUUGACAGCUAAAUUCAAUGUUUUUCAAAAUAGUUAUUUUUAUGAUACAGAAUGUAUAGAAUUGUAUCUAGUAGCACUAAACUACAGUAGCAAUUGAGUGUUUGAAAAUGUAACUGCACAUCAACAUUUAAGCAUUUAUCUACUUACCGUCUGUGUUGUUAGUACAGUGCAUUCGGAAAGUAUUCAGACCCCUUGACUUUUUCCACAUUUUAUUACGUUACAGCCUUAUUCUAAAAUUGAUUAAAUUACUUUUCCCCCCUCAUCAAUCUACACACAAUACCCCAUAAUGACAAAGCAAAUACUGGUUUUUAGACAUUUUUGCAAAUAUAUAAAACAUAAACGGAAAUAUCACAUUUACAUAAGUAUUCAGACCUUUUACUCAGUACUUUGUUGAACCACCUUUGGUAGCGAUUACAGCCUCAAGUCUUCUUGUGUAUGACGCCACAUUUUUAUUUCUUUAAUCCAUUUUAGAAUAAUCAACUCUGGUCAAGAUCCGCUACAGCAUAAGUUGUCUAGUUACCUCAACCUGUCGGGACCACUGCGCACUGGCAACUCCAGCAGUACCUAAACACAGAUCUAUCUCUGAACCCACCGAGGGGCCAUACACCUUGACACUCUUUGUUAAGGGUUAAACAUGUCUGUAGUACAUUUCUAGAGACCAAAUCAUACAGUGUGUGAAAGAGGGGGAGUGUUACAUUUACAUUUCAGUCAUUUAGCAGACGCUCUUAUCCAGAGCGACUUACAGUUAGUGAGUGCAUACAUUUUUCAUACUGGCCCCCCGUGGGAAUCGAACCCACAACGCUGGCGUUGCAAGCGCCAUGCUUUUCCAACUGAGCUACAGGAGGCUUGUUACCUUGGGAACAGUUUAGUUAGUAUUAUAACAUUUAUAAUAGGAUUAUAAAAAUGAACUGAUUCAAAGGAACGAGUGGCGCUGAAGAUAUAACUGCCAUAACCCUCUGUAGAAUGUCAACUCCCAGGCUGCCUCUGGGGCCUUCGAAUGGAUUUAUUGUCCGCAACAGUUCCAUCUGUGUGUUGCUGAUGGUGAACUGGAUUUGUGGGACAAUCACCCCUUCCGACCAAUAAAGAGCUGCGGCGCCAGUGGUUGGAGGAGCUGAGGUGGUGGUGGUUGGAGGAGCUGAGGUGGUGGUAGUGGUUGGAGGAGUUGAGUUGCUGGUGGUUGGAGGAGCUGAGAUGGUGCUGGUGGUGGUUGGAGGAGCUGAGGUGGUGGUGGUUGGAGGAGCUGAGAUGGUGCUGGUGGUUGGAGGAGCUGAGAUGGUGCUGGUGGUUGGAGGAGCUGAGGUGGUGGUGGUGGUUGGAGGAGCUGAGAUGGUGCUGGUGGUGGUUGGAGGAGCUGAGGUGGUGCUGAUGGUGGUUGGAGGAGCUGAGGUGGUGCUGAUGGUGGUUGGAGGACGACACCAUCUGCCACUGGUUCAACUGGCUGGCCGAGGUGCAAGGUAAGAUAGUAGUUGUUUAUUGGUAACUGCAUAUUAUUCCAUAUUAUUCCAUUUGUGAUUUAAAUGUGUAUUUUUAAAUGUUUUACUGUGUACUCCUCAGAUGGAGAAUGCCCUCCUCUAACAGUGGCAAUGGUGUUGGAGUUUGCUACUGGGGCAACGGUGGUGCCACCCCUGGGGUUUAAGGACACCCUGACCAUCGAAUUCCUCCACACAGCGCGAGGGAGUCUCGCUGGGCAGCAGAAGAAAAAGUACCCAGAGGCAAACGCAUUUACUGUGACACUAAGGCUCCCUCUUCAUAGCACCUACAAUGCCUUUAGGGUAUUGUGAAUUCCCUGCAUUUCAGUGUUGCAGAAACACACCUUAGUGGAGAGUGACAGAUAAUAGGUAGAACAUUGGAGGGUGAAGUCUGUGGGACUUGUUCUGCCUUCCCUCUCCCACCGUUUCAUAUAUGUACCAGCUAUGUGCUGAAGACUUGUACAUUUCCGACCCUGUUCUUUUGAAUGUCUUAAUGUACCUCUUUUCUGCUCACUUGUCAGACUAAUGGAGACAAGUGAGCAGAUAUAUUUGACAGCUAAAUUCAAUGUUUUUCAAAAUAGUUAUUUUUAUGAUACAGAAUGUAUAGAAUUGUAUCUAGUAGCACUAAACUACAGUAGCAAUUGAGUGUUUGAAAAUGUAACUGCACAUCAACAUUUAAGCAUUUAUCUACUUACCGUCUGUGUUGUUAGUACAGUGCAUUCGGAAAGUAUUCAGACCCCUUGACUUUUUCCACAUUUUAUUACGUUACAGCCUUAUUCUAAAAUUGAUUAAAUUACUUUUCCCCCCUCAUCAAUCUACACACAAUACCCCAUAAUGACAAAGCAAAUACUGGUUUUUAGACAUUUUUGCAAAUAUAUAAAACAUAAACGGAAAUAUCACAUUUACAUAAGUAUUCAGACCUUUUACUCAGUACUUUGUUGAAGCACCUUUGGUAGCGAUUACAGCCUCAAGUCUUCUUGUGUAUGACGCCACAUUUUUAUUUCUUUAAUCCAUUUUAGAAUAAUCAACUCUGGUCAAGAUCCGCUACAGCAUAAGUUGUCUAGUUACCUCAACCUGUCGGGACCACUGCGCACUGGCAACUCCAGCAGUACCUAAACACAGAUCUAUCUCUGAACCCACCGAGGGGCCAUACACCUUGACACUCUUUGUUAAGGGUUAAACAUGUCUGUAGUACAUUUCUAGAGACCAAAUCAUACAGUGUGUGAAAGAGGGGGAGUGUUACAUUUACAUUUCAGUCAUUUAGCAGACGCUCUUAUCCAGAGCGACUUACAGUUAGUGAGUGCAUACAUUUUUCAUACUGGCCCCCCGUGGGAAUCGAACCCACAACGCUGGCGUUGCAAGCGCCAUGCUUUUCCAACUGAGCUACAGGAGGCUUGUUACCUUGGGAACAGUUUAGUUAGUAUUAUAACAUUUAUAAUAGGAUUAUAAAAAUGAACUGAUUCAAAGGAACGAGUGGCGCUGAAGAUAUAACUGCCAUAACCCUCUGUAGAAUGUCAACUCCCAGGCUGCCUCUGGGGCCUUCGAAUGGAUUUAUUGUCCGCAACAGUUCCAUCUGUGUGUUGCUGAUGGUGAACUGGAUUUGUGGGACAAUCACCCCUUCCGACCAAUAAAGAGCUGCGGCGCCAGUGGUUGGAGGAGCUGAGGUGGUGGUGGUUGGAGGAGCUGAGGUGGUGGUAGUGGUUGGAGGAGUUGAGUUGCUGGUGGUUGGAGGAGCUGAGAUGGUGCUGGUGGUGGUUGGAGGAGCUGAGGUGGUGGUGGUUGGAGGAGCUGAGAUGGUGCUGGUGGUUGGAGGAGCUGAGAUGGUGCUGGUGGUUGGAGGAGCUGAGGUGGUGGUGGUGGUUGGAGGAGCUGAGAUGGUGCUGGUGGUGGUUGGAGGAGCUGAGGUGGUGCUGAUGGUGGUUGGAGGAGCUGAGGUGGUGCUGAUGGUGGUUGGAGGAGCUGAGAUGGUGCUGGUGGUGGUUGGAGGAGCUGAGGUGGUGCUGGUGGUGGUUGGAGGAGCUGAGGUGCUGCUGGUGGUGGUUGGAGGAGCUGAGGUGGUGCUGGUGGUGGUUGGAGGAGCUGAGGUGGUGGUGGUUGGAGGAGCUGAGAUGGUGCUGGUGGUUGGAGGAGCUGAGGUGGUGGUGGUUGGAGGAGCUGAGGUGCUGCUGGUGGUGGUUGGAGGAGCUGAGGUGGUGCUGAUGGUGGUUGGAGGAGCUGAGAUGGUGCUGGUGGUGGUUGGAGGAGCUGAGAUGGUGCUGGUGGUGGUUGGAGGAGCUGAGGUGGUGCUGGUGGUGGUUGGAGGAGAUGAGGUGCUGCUGGUGGUGGUUGGAGGAGCUGAGGUGGUGGCUUGA